GUUCAACUCACCACAUGCAAAUCGGACUAAUCUUCCAGUGUGGUUCUUCAUUCCAGUGCCACUGUUUCCCAUCGUGGCUGCCUACCUCUAGCAGUUUUCCUUCAUGGAGACCCUGACAUGUCCGAUGAGGCCGUGAUGACUGCGCGUCGACACAUGGCUGAAGCAUUACAGCGAACUGUAACUGUUCUUCUUGCUGAACAUUGCAAGAAACAAGGCUGGAGACUUGAUCAGGAGCUGACGCAGACAGAGGCUUCCGUUGGGCUGAACCGGGAGUUCUUUGUUUUCAGCGUGCUCUACAGUCGUGAGCUGUUCAGAGUCGAGGUCAAUUUCCCGGCGAUUGAGAGAUCGCAAUCCACCCCGCAUCGAUACCAGUGGACAUUCAUCAAUGCCUUGGUCGUGGAGUUGUCGCCGUGUGUGCAGCCAUUCCGACAGAAGCAUUGGCUCGCUAUUUAUCAGGCACUACUACUGAUCGAGCAACAUGCGCUCUUGCUGCGGAGACAACUUGGCUUGGCGUAGUGGGGAUGUAAUGCAAAAUGCAAUCACGUUGUAUCUAGUCUAUACCGGCGUUCAACAAGUACGCGCGUGGCGACCUUCGAGCGAAAAUCACAGUACGGACAUCCGGGACUAUCUCAAAGCAUCCUUGGGUCCGAUGAGUAAUCGUUGCGUCGCACGUAAAUUAAGCAGUCGAAGAGUCCGAU